GUGUGUUCAGCCAUUUUGUAAGAAAAUCAAGCAAGUCUGCCGCCCUACCUUCGCCUCAGACCUGCAGUUUUUUUCUUGUGCAAUGGACGGGUAAGUGAAAAAGAAUCACUCAAGACUUCAUAUAAGUCGGCAAAUCGAAAGCCGGACGGGUCGUUUAUUGACUUCGGGUGACUUUUGAGGCGAUUGGAUUUUAAGAGGGUGUCGGACUCGAUGUUGGACCCGGAAAGUUUAGAAACAUUUUUUUUUUCUCUUCAUCAAAACAUGCAACAGUUAGCAGGAGCGUAAGCUAGCUAGCAGCUACUAGCAGUCGCUAACCUGAGUUUUACGAACCGAUUGAAGAGACAUUUUUAUCAUUUUAUUACCCACAAACUUCACCUGAACAAAUAUAACUUUACGUGUUUGACAUUUUUACCACUAAUGUCGGUUUUUGUCGGACCGUGUUAGAACUCGUUGUUUCGCGAGCGCAGACGUAAGUGACAACGGCUAACUGUACCUUGGUAACUUGGUUUCACGAGAGCUCGAGCGCUGGCUAAAGCAACGUGUCUCAUUUCCGCAUUCACUCGUCUGUGGAGUGCCAGGGCCAUGUUGAAGAUGUCUGGCCUGAACAUUUCGCGCUGAUUGAAUUAGAGACCUCUUCACCGGGUUAUCUUUACACGGUAACGCCGCACAAUAGCGUUUUGUUCGGGAAAAUCGUGUUUUUAAAGGUGAUUUUUCUCGCUUGGUCGUCUCAAUUCGGCGGUAAAAGCGACUUCCGAUGCAGCAUCAAUGUUGCUCUGACAUCAACCGGGACACUACUUUGUGCAAAUUCGCUUUUAUAGAUUAAUUUCAUUACAUCAUGCCAAGUUUCUACUCUUAAGCUCUCUUUUUGUGUUUUCUCGACUUAUUACAGCCGCCUAGACACUGACUUGUACCCUCUGGGAUCCGGCUACGUCCCUGAAAUUGAGUAAGUGCUUUGUAUGUUUUUGCAUGAUUGCCUUAGGGUCGAGUUAAACAGGUUGUUUUUGUGCUUUCUGAAUGUGAAGAAUCUGAAUGUUCCCAUUUCUUGAAUGAGGAAGUGGAGACCAUUUUCUUCUGAGUAACAGUAAAUCACUCAUUUGUGAGGACUGUGAGCUUCGUGGGGCACGAAGAUCUGUCGUGACAAUUUGUCAAAUAGUCUCAUGAUGGGCGAUGCUUGGUUUUUUAUCUGCUUCCUUUAAAUUUGUUUGUUUCCUUCUCUUUUACAGCAGUGUCCAUGACAUAUCAGUUGGCACAAAGGUAGGCAACUUUUGCUCAUUAUCUUCUCUUUACUGUUUUUCUUUUCCCCCUUUUUUCUAUCCUUAUGCACAAGAUAUUAUUGCACACAGAGUGAAGUUUAGUCCUGACAUUACAGACCUGUUAUUAGAUUAAUCCUGAGAAUUAUUUGCAUAUUGCCCUCAAAUUGAAAGUGAUAGGAUAGUAGUUCUUCAAACCUAAUCUUGAAAAUGCAAUCCACAAUAACAUUUCAGUCAGUUUGCAAGAGCUUCCCCUGUAAUUACAAAACUGUUGCCAAACCAUUUCUCAUGUGCAAUGAGUUUGCAGUUUGACGCUGUGUCUUCUUCAAGGAUUUAUAGCAAACUAUGCAUUUGUCAGCAAAUAAAGGCUUUUUAGAGGGGAUGUUUAAGCUUCUAGGUGGAAAAGAUUAACAAAAGCUUUAUGUUCCCCGUCCUGUUUCAGUUGUAUUGUGUCUGCUCGGAAAUGAAACUUCCUGUUGUUUAUAUUGUGUGAGUUCUUUAAUAGCCCGCUGGUUGUACUGGAAUGUUAAGAAAGCAGCUGAAUCCCACCAUGAUCCUUUUUUAUAUGCAGUCUCGCGUCUAUCACAAGACUGCUCGAACUCUGAAACAAAUUAGUACAGUGUUAAUCUUUUUUUGCAUGAGUCUGGGUUUGUCAUUUCUGCAAAUGGGAGAGACGUUGCAGGCCUUUUUAAAUGGGUUACAAGCUCUUCUGCAUGUUUGCGUGUGCAAACAGUGUAAGCAGACGUGUUUUAAAAGGGGGUACAUUUGGCAAAGUGCUGGUCGUUAACUCGCGUACCCAAUAAAAAUGCCUGCUCAAGUAGUCAUCCUUAGUAACAGGGCCCGGGGCAACUAUGUGUAGGUGGAGUAACUGUCCUCAUCCUCCUCGAUCAAAGUCCUAAAGGCUGUUCAAACAAGCACUCCCCCAACAGGGACACACCCCACCCUCCCCUAUACAUUUUUUGAGUGAGGGCUGUUGGUUCCAGGUAUAACAAGAUGCAACUUUCACAUGUGUGUUGAUCACUGCACAAGGUUUGACUCCCAAUGUGGGUGUUGUUUCUCUAACUUCUCCUGGUUUCUUCUGUGUGCUGUGGUAACGAUGAUGCUGAGUUAUGGAGCGCUGCCUUGCUGGAAUCUGUAAUUAUUCCGUCUGGGCAGAGCGUCUGGCAUUCCGCGGUCGCAUUCCAAUCUCCCCCCUCCAGCCCCCUGGUGAGGCACAGCUCCCUGCCCCCCUCCACGGGCGAAGUCUAAUCACACUGAACCAACGUGUCUCUACCUGUGCUUUGUCUUUGUUGCUCUCCCUAUUGUGAUUGCCACCCAACAAUCCCCUCAGCAAAGCCCGAAACACUGUUUGCUCACUCUAACUGAAAAGAAAGUGAUCUCAAAGGAAGUUUUGCUUUUUCAAAUUGUUUUUUUUUUUUUGUGUGUCAAACUUUUUAUGCUCCUUUUCCUUCCAUUGACAUCAUGUGAACACUCCCAUAAACCUCAGUACACUUUAAUUCAAGGUAGGCUCUCUCAUUGUCAGAAGCUGAGCUGCUCAAUAGUUUCAGUAUGUCAGCCAGUAAUGUGUCAUCGUAUCCUGGAGGCUACUAUUAUACUGUUACGUCCUGAGCAAACAAAGGAUGUGAGCAAGUCAAUACACAUUUAGUGGGUUUGUGAUGGAAAAACAGGUUUGGCACUGUGUGGGAGUUGACUAACAAACCGUUUGUAAGCUCUGUUUUUCUUCCAUUGACUUUCAAACUUCUCUGCUUGCACUCUCUACAACCUGCCCUCCCAAAGCUACAGGAAUAUUCUACAGUGGGUUGUAACAGCCCUGUGUUCUCCUCUGUAUGUGACUUGAUGUUCCCUCCUCUGCACUGUAGACCGCCUCAGCUCGGAGUGGUUAUUAUUAGAAUGAGGAAGAAGGGAGUGAGAGAGCAGAGAGAGAAGAGAGAAAGGAAGUCUUACCAUAGAACAGUCGCCAUCAGUCCCCAAGAGGAAGUUUAGCAAAACCCUGGAAGCAGGCCUGAUCGCCGUGCUCUUCCUGUUUGGAGUUAGUCUGCUGACUGAUAAUGUGACACUGCCCGCCCACGAGCUUUGAGUCAGGCUGGAGCCACUUCCUCCAUUUCUCAUGGCUUGUAUCUGGCGGUGGCACUUUUAUCACACGGAAGUACAUCCUAAUGCACUUUCUCCAUCUGAACCUAUCAUGGGAAAACAGGCCGCUUGAAUUGGAUCUUGUAGUUCCCUAAACAUGUCAGAUGUUUUACUCCAGGGUGUUGCUUCUCAUGUAUGUCCAGAUUUUUUUAAAAAAAGUGUGUGUCUCUGCCUCUGGAGUCUGUCUGAAAAGCAGAGGAAUCCCUUUUGUUGCUUUAACUUGAUAAUUUGGGAUAGCGAACCGUGUUUGUAGGGGCCCCAGCAGUGAGGUGAUUACAGGGUAAGCCAAGCCAUCUGGAAGUCAAAGGUUAGUUUACUCUACUUCUUACAGUGUUGUGCUCUCAGAGCCUUUCACUCACUCUCCCCACCUUAUUUUCCCUGCCCGUCUUUUAUUAGAACACUUCUCUGCCUGAACACCGUGCAUAGGUAAAGGCCAGGACUCACAAGGUGGAGAAGAAUGCCAGCGAACCUGCAUGACUGGUUGUUUGAAAAGCGCUCCAGGGCUCUUCAACUCCCAAAGAGUCCUUAGGGCUCCAUAUGUGUGUGUGCCGCUGCGUAACAAUGCCCCUAGUCUCAGCCAGAACAGGACCUCCAUUGUAGAGCGUUGUAGAGCUUAGACUGCUGAGCCACUUCGUGUGACUGCUAUACUUCAUCUGCUACAACCACAAACACACUCACACAGCCUGAAACAGCAUUUUAUAUCUACCAGAGAGCGGCAGCAGACAGUAAACCAGUGUGGGCUGGAUCUAUCCCAUCUUGUCUUUCUAUCUAGAGGGCUUCACUGUGUUAUCCCCACUCCUAGUACUGAAUUAUGAGAGGAUGGGUUGUACUGACUGACAGUUGCUGUCGAGAUAAGCUUUUACUGCUGACUUGUGUGUUUAAAUCUGAACAGGAGCUGUUCCCUUGAAUUUGAGGCGAGAUAAUUUGGCACGCUGGCUGAAGUCACAAAUAAAGCCUUAGCGUGGAUGUGCUUUCGAAGGCUUUUCUGUAAGUGCAAAGUAAGAGGGGAAGACAUGAGCAUGAUGGGAAGUGGAAUACUCCUUCCGAAAAGCCCGGUCACUUAAUUCUUGCUUGUAAGAAAGGUGGAGUUCUCUUGAAGCGUGUUUGCUCAAUCCUCUUUUGGUUAUCAGAUUACUUCCUGCUUUAUCACACAAUGGCUGGGUAAUAUGAGAGCCGUGCUCUCCACCUGCCAUGCCGUGCCCUCAUUGGUGAAAGCACUGAAGUGAACCAUUGUUUUCUCUCCUUCUGCAGAGGGGAUCCGACGAACUCUUUUCUUCCUGCAUAUCCAACGGGCCCUAUAUCAUGAACUCAGGUAGGGCUGUUGCCAUGGAGGGGUGCAUCCUCUUUUAUUAAAGUGCUUGUCGUGUCUGUGUUGUUUGUGUUGCCAUGGCGAUCAAUCCAUUAUUCAAGACGAACCAGAGCCCUCUGUUUCCCCUCCCUGAUUGUAUCUGCUUCUGUUUUCCCCCCGCAGCCAAUGGCAACGACAGCAAAAAAUUCAAAGGUGACGUCCGCAGUCCCGGUGUUCCAUCACGCGUGGUCCACGUCCGCAAGCUGCCCAGCGACAUAAAUGAAGCGGAGGUUAUUGGACUGGGACUGCCGUUUGGGAAGGUCACUAAUCUGCUGAUGCUGAAAGGGAAAAACCAGGUAAGGACGAACACAUGCCGGUCUCACCAAACUCGUAUGACUCGCACCCGUGGGAGACGAUUCUCUGUCAGGCCUGGGAAAAGGUAUCAGCUUUCUAGGCCGCUGUGCUGACCUGGAAAUAAUGACAAUGACCCUUUUGUCAGAUCCUUGUUGUGUGGGAGUUGUGAAUUCAACCGGCUAACAUUUUUAGUAGAGAAACAUAAAAUCUCUUUUUUUAUUCCUCCAUCGCCCGGAGCUUUAUGUCAAAAUCAAUAAAGAUCUUAAAUGAAAAUUGAUGAACCGUCUGUAUAAACCAACUCUGAAAGGGCUCAUAAUUGGAAAGAAGCACCACGGGUCUGUUCAGUUAUUAGGACGGCUGAUUCAAUGUUGCCUCAAAGUGACAUUUUCAGUCAAUAUGAUGGAGAAGAUCAAUCUGGGAUGUUUCUCUCGCAGGCGUUCCUGGAGCUGAACAGCGAGGAGUGUGCACAGACCAUGGUGAGCUACUACUCCUCUGUCACCCCCGUCAUCAGAAACCACCCCAUCUACAUGCAGUACUCCACCCACAAGGAGCUCAAGACGGACAACUCCCCCAACCAAGUGGUGAGUUGAGCGCGUGAACACUCUUGUUUUUGUGAUGCUAUCAUUUUUGUGGGGACGCCUUGACCAGAGCAACUUAUUAUGAAAUCCAGAAUUUGAAGUUGCACCUGAAUAUCAGACAGAAUCUGGAUUUUGCAUCUCUAAGUGAACACUGGCUCAGAAACAUACAAAUUUAAUGCAGAUGUGUAGCUCUGCAUACAUAUGUGCAAUCUACUAAUGCAAACAGGGUGCCUCACACAGGGUCCACAGGGUGCUGUCACCCUUUUAAGAUGACUAAAAAGUGCAUCCAUAAUCCCACAUUUGACAGCAUCGUGUUUUACAAUAAUGUCCGCUCCUCAGUCCCUGAACUUCACUACAGCUUAUCCAGGUUUGCUUUUGUUUGUUUGUUUUAACUCGAUCACUGUUCUGACAUGUCCUCCUGUCGUCUCUCUGCAGCGUGCCCAGGCAGCUCUGCAGGCAGUCAACGCUCUGCACGGAGGCGGGAUGGGGAGCAUGGCGAUCUCCACAGACGCCAGCAGCCUCGGCGGAGGGGCAACCCAAAGCCCCGUCCUCAGAGUGAUCGUGGAGAACCUCUUCUACCCCGUCACCCUGGAUGUUCUACACCAGGUACAGACUUUGUUUAUUAUGGAGCUGAGUCACCCCGUGUAUUGUGUUGUUUGACGAUGGUCAGUUUUAACAGCGACACUUCUCGUUCAAUAUUGAAACAUGUCUGCACUCUGGGUGUGGAAGAUUAAAGUGUCACUCAAUACAGAAAAACAACUCAUUGAAUUGUAAAUAUUGUCAUUCUCAGCUGCAAGUGGGACAAAUAACUGAGCAGUAUGAAAUAAAGAGACUGAUCACGGCUUGACGGCCUGUUUAACAUCCAGUUUAUCUGCUCUGAAUAUUUUUAAACGUUGUCACAUUAAUGUCCUCUUACUCUUUCUCAUUAUGUGACUGAUUGUUGAUUUAUUUCCUGCUCCUGCUUAACAAACAAACGUGGGAGCUUGAUGAGUUUUACCGACUUGUUUUCACAGGAUUUUCAAAUCGAUGUGGUUUGUUUAUCUUUUCAAGUAAUAAUGAUGUCACCUCCGAUCACGCUCCUCCUUUCCCUCCCUAGAUUUUCUCCAAGUUCGGCACUGUUCUCAAGAUCAUCACCUUCACCAAGAACAACCAGUUCCAGGCUCUCAUCCAGUACGCAGAUGGCAUGACAGCUCAGCACGCCAAACUGGUAAGACUGGUACAACAAACGCUCUUUGUCUCGAGGUUUCUGUGCGAUGUUACCUGUGAGUAAUAGAUCAGCGAGUGUUUUGACACCUUAACUGUAGACAUGACAAAAGAACGCUUUCAUCGCCGCUACAGAACAGAGUGUUUUCGCUGCGACACGUUUGAUCUCCAUGUUUGAUUGAGCAGCCAUGUGAACACCCGCAUCUUCCUAACGCACACGUAUUUUCUCAGUCUCUGGACGGGCAGAACAUCUACAACGCGUGCUGCACCCUGAGAAUCAGCUUCUCCAAGCUCACCAGCCUUAACGUCAAAUACAACAACGACAAGAGCAGGGAUUACACCCGGCCAGACCUCCCCACUGCAGACUCACAGCCCUCCCUUGACCACCAGACCAUGGCAGCUGCUGCAUUUGGUAAGACUGGGACGUUUUUUUGCAGUCGAACCGAUCACACACGGACUUAUUUGUUGAAAUAAAAGCUGAAUAAACUGACUCUCCUCAUCGAGUCACAUGUUGUGUGAAGCCUGCGUCCUCAAUUUUGUUGUCUCCUGUCCCAGCUGCACCAGGCAUAAUCUCAGCCUCCCCCUACGGUGGAGCCCAUGCCUUCCCCCCAACCUUUGCAAUCCAGCAGACAGCAGGUCAGUGCGAAAACACCCUCACUGUGCUCUUCCUGUUGUAAAGAGACCCGUUUCCUGUCCGCAGAUAUUUCCUGAACAUCUGCAGAUUUCAAGUGGCCUUUUGUGCCGACUCUUAUCUGUGUCACAGUCCUGUCUUUGUUCAUGUAUGAGGACUGAAAUAAGGUAAAAAUACCUCAUGUUUUCUUCUCUCAGGUCUGUCCAUGCCUGGUAUCCCCAGCGCCCUGGCGUCCCUGGGAGUGAGCCAUGGAGGCAUGGCGGCUGCAGCAGCAGCAGCUAGCCGGCUCGGCCUGUCAGGGCUCGCUCCCUCUGGGGGGAACAAUGUCUUGUUGGUCAGCAACCUGAACCCUGAGGUCAGUACACCUAUGAGGCUUGAAUAGUCAUACAAGCUGCUCCGUCUAAUACACAUGUAAUGUUACAGAGUAUUUGACUCUUUGGUUCGUGGAUCCAUUUGUUGAGGGGCCAGCGUUUUGGCCCACCAUUCCCCUCCACUUUGAAGAGAUCAGACUAGUAGGAAGUACCCUUACCAAAGUAUUGACUAAAGAAGAAGUGGGGUCAUCGAACCUUUUUCUCUUUCAGACCCUCUCUGUGUUUGACCAAACCUGCUGCAUUUCUGACCUGCCACUUUUGCUCACUGUGAAUUUUAAGUUUAUUCAAAACACUAACUUCUUUUUUUUUUUUUUUUUUUAAACUUACCAUUUCAUAUCUUCAUUUUUGUCCAUUAGUUGAAAUCAUUCUUGAGUUGUUGGAGAGACAAUAUUACUUUUUCUUGAUAUUUUUAAAGAAACACACCGUGAUGGUGAGGGUGUAGUGUUUGUUACCUUUACUGUAGCUCUGUAGUCGUUACUUGGUAAACUUAAAGGUGAGCUUUAAGGAUAAGAUUCAGAUUUGACUGUUUUAAGAACAACAAGAGUUAAAGAAACCUGGAGCCAUAUAGGAUGUAAUUUAAAAGUACAUAUUGUCUCUGCCUUUUUCUGUAUUUCAUUGUUAAUCUUUUUUCUCUUCUUUUUCUCCUAGUGUUCCCAUAGUGACAGUGCAUUUUAAUUUAGCCAGUUCUACUGUCUGAAGCACUACAUUUCUUUGUGUAUACUGACCUUGUUUUUUACUUCCUUUUUCUCUCUCUUCUUUCUCUGUCCCCCCUCCCUCUUUUUGUGUUUUUAAAAAACCCCCCUCACCUCAACUCUUGCCAACUGACUGCACGCCCCACGACCAAUUGUUCCUCCUCUCCUCCUCCUCCUCCUCUCUCCCCCUGCCACUCUGUGACUACACCUUCCACACACCCAACCCCUCUUUCUCCAUGAUUAAUCCCCCCCCAAUUUGGAUCCCACCCACAAAUUGAAAACACAACAAAAACACAUUGGCACCCUUGAUUUUUGCCAUCAUCUGUUCUUCCUCUACCUCCUCUCUUCCCUUCUCCUCCUCCAUUCUCACGCUGUUUGAAUCUCCUCCUCCUUCUCCUCCUCUUCUUCUUCUUGUCCUCUCUUCAUUCUCUUCGUCCCUCAUGCCUCUCCUUCCUCCAUGGUACUGUGGCCUUCCUGUGGACCUCGCUGCCUGUGGCCUGCGGACAUGUCCCGACUCCACUCCACUGUCCUCCACUCCGCUCCGUUUCUUUUCCCCUGUCCCCUGUUCCCUAUCCCCCUUUGGCCCCCUGCCCCGCUGCUCCCCCUGCUGUCUCUAAAGAGCGUUACGCCACACUGCCUCUUUAUUCUUUUCGGUACGUUAUCAUCCUUUCAUCUCUUUUUAUUUAUUACUACUGUUACCUCGCAAGGUGGGCAUGUCUUGUCUCAUGUUGUUGGCUUUGAUUUUUUUAUUUUAUUUUAUUUAUUUUUAACCACUGAUGUCUCGUCAUCAGGCUACAGGGCUGUGAGGGGCGGGGGGUGUCUGUUUGUUUGGGGGUUUGUAUGACCUGUUUUGGUUGUCGUGGGUUUGUGUGAGGAGAGUAAGGUGAGAGAGCCUCACAAAGCUGCAGCAUUUCAUUAAAUUUUAAACAGCAGAGCUCUACUGUCCAUCGGCUAAAUAACAUUCGCACUUUCUCAUCUUCAAAGAGCGCAGAGCCCCCUCAAAUGGAAGCGGCGCCUCGCUAAAUAGAAAUUCGGGGAUCAUUUUGUUGAGGAAUGAGGCGAAGAGCCAAUCUAAAUUCUAAAGCAUCACCCCCAGGAAAAGGAUAAAAGUCAACUCUUUAUUUGGUUUUCGCACGGUCCAUUUUGAAACCAUGGAAAUUCAUCUAAUUUCCAUUUCUGUUGGGCUAAUUUUUUCCUAGUGGAGGCCUCAGGUCCACUAAGCAUCAGUACACAGAUGAAAUGCUGCUGCUUCUUUAGUGUUUAUGAGCUGACAUAUCUCCCCCGAUUAUGUCACCAUCAUACUUUUUUUUUGCAGUCUGUUUCGGUUACUCUAACGUAGGUAUGUGCAUGUUUUUAGAAGAGUCCUGCAUGUCUCUCUGUUAGGCCCUCGAGUCAGCCGAUCGAAUCAACUCCAAUCAGACCUCUUCUGUUUAUUACAACUCUUUGAUUUUGGCCCUGAAAUCACCACGUCCCCCUCCCCGAAGCAUACCCAUCCUAGCCACCAUCAUCUGUGUUCAAAUGUAGGAUUAGACCUAGCAGCCUCAUACAGAAUUAAACAUACAAUCAGUAGACUAGCCGGACAACUCCUUAUCCAUCAUCAGACGGUGUGUAUUUAGUUGCUGUUUGAUUCUCAAUGUUCUCUAUUGGAUGGUUGAUAUUGUUUUUUUCGUUGCUGUGAUUGUUUGUACGGCUCCUGUUGAGGCUUUGUUGCGAUGCCGCACUCUUACUGUGACACCCUCCUCUUCCUCCUCAGGUGUGUACGGCGACGUGAUGAGAGUGAAGAUCCUGUUCAAUAAAAAGGAGAACGCUCUGAUCCAGAUGUCUGAUAGCACACAGGCUCAGCUAGGUAGCUACACACCCGCUCUGAAAAACACUUUGGGCUCCUUUUGAUCUUCCCUUUUCUUUCAUCUCUUUUUUUUUUUUUUCCCUCCACAUCAUUUUCACAUACUGUACUUUUUGUUUUUAGCCUUUAGCUAGUGUGUCAUAACUGCAAUACAGAAGUAUGCAGCGUCAUUAGAGAGUGUAAGUCCAGAGCUGCGAAAGCCAGAUGUUCAAAGCGUUGUCCGUGUUUAUCUUCUCCCAGCUAUGAGCCACCUGAGCGGCCAGCGUCUUCAUGGCAGGGACAUGCGCGUGACGUUUUCCAAACACACCACAGUGCAGCUGCCCAGAGAAGGCCACGAGGACCAGGGCCUGACGAAGGACUACAGCAACUCACCGCUGCACCGUUUCAAGAAGCCCGGCUCCAAAAACUACUCCAACAUCUUCCCUCCCUCCGCAACACUCCACCUCUCAAACAUACCGUGAGUGCUGCUGCGAGAGCCUCACGCUCUGAGCUCUUCUUUUGUAGACCUGACUCUUCAUUUUAAAUGUGUAGUACUUCGGAUUAAGCGGCUGUGACAGUAUUUUCUAAACUCCUCAACUCAGAGGUGUAUUUCACAUUUAAUGAUGCCCCUUGUGCGUUAUUGCACCACAAACCACACAAAUAAGAAACGCCUCAUAAACGCUUUGUUUCCUCUGCUUCCAGGCCGUCUGUGGUGGAGGAUGACCUCAGGAGGCUUUUCGCCAGCUCAGGAGCCACAGUCAAGGCCUUCAAAUUCUUUCAGUAAGUCUCAGUCCGGUUUUGGUUUCCCUAUAUUGUUUGUUGAAUUCCUGUCCGUCAUCAUAAAACCUCCCUGCCUCUUUUUUUAAGAAGAGGUUUUUAUUGUCGACGCUGAUCUUUCUCUCCCUGACUCAGCCUUCAAGUACAGAUUGCGAACAGCUCUCCCAAACUAGGUUGGCAUUUUGAUUCUCUGAAAACACAUCCUGUCCUUCCUUCUCCAACAGGAAAGACCGCAAGAUGGCCCUGAUCCAGAUGGGCUCAGUCGAAGAGGCCAUCGAGUCUCUCAUCGAGUUCCACAACCACGAUCUGGGGGAGAACCACCACCUUCGAGUGUCCUUCUCCAAGUCCACCAUCUGAGUGCCUUCCCUCCCUCCCCUCCCUCCAAGCCUGAUUCCACCUGAACGCUGCUUUUCUCAAGGUUGCCUUUAGUGGGAACAGCACCAUUACAUAUUUAUGGCUGUGGUUCUCUGUGGAACAUUGCCCCCCCACGGCUCCCACUCUUAGUUAAACCCUACCAUUCAUGGCUUUUCGUUGUAAAUCAUUUCGACUUUGUGGUCCUGGUUUUGACGUGUAGUUCUAUGAUUUUUUUGUGGUUAUAAAAAUAUAUAUUCAAACAAAAUAGUGUCUAUUUUCAAACCAAAUUUAGGAGCUAUCCUCUCUCAUCUCUGGAGUAGUUACAGGGGAAGCCUGGCUGCUCCUGCCUGUAACUAUCAAGAGUUUUCACAUAACGUAGAGGUCUAACCUAAGCUGAGGAAUCAGGAAGAGGCUUGUUUCUGAUCGAAUCUCUAAAAGCUGGAGUCGUCUCAGUGAAGUACUCAUUAUUAUUAUCAUUAUUAUUAGAUUUAUGAAAUAAUCUGAGUGGGGGUCCUGGGAUCAGGCAACGCUCCGCAGUGAACCGUGUUUUUAUUUUCUUGGGAGGGUGAGCACGGGCAGCCAGUGAACUGUCACUUUAGACCAAAUUUGCUUAAAAAGAGACACCCCGCACCGUGGAUGUAUGCUUCUAUGGGUGAAUCACAUCCAUACCAGACACACUUCAGCAUUCCUUGUACUAUGGUAGUCGUGUGGAUAUAUCUGUGUGUGCCUUUCUUAUUUUUAUUUUAUUUUUUUCAAUGCCACUUUGAACCUGUUUGGCCAGUCAGAAACGGUUUGACACGAAAAGGAUUUAGUUUUGGCUCACAGCGGUUUAGGUUUUAUUUCUCUUCGCAACACCUUCCUGUUUGCUUCGGGGGAUCCAUACCACUAUCUGAAGUUACUCAAAAAGGACGCAGUUUUACUUUCAAUGCCUUUUAUCGACAGUCUUGUGCCUUACUUUGCCCCAAAGCAUCGUUGCCUAAAGCAUCGCUCUGGCUUCUUUUGGACGGGACGUGGCUCCUGAAACGCCUUUGUUUUUUCACGCCUUUCGGUGUGUACCAGCAUUGUAAGAACACAGGAAGUGGCUCAUUUAAUCUUCAGUUGUUUUCUUAAAAAAAGACAAAUGUUUAUCUUUAGGUUCGUAUGCAUAUAUCCCCAUUUAAUGUAUGUAGAAACUAUGAAUGUAAGUCAGUUAGAAGCCUAAUAUUUUACUAGGUGGCGUAGCUCUGUUAGAUGUUUUGCGGCAUGAGUCGAGCUGGAUCCAGCCCUCCUGUCUUUCAGCCCCUCUCACCUUCACGUAGCCUUGCCUCGGUCAGGAUGAAGGUGUUUUGGGGGCCUCAUUUAAUCAUAUUAUGUUCAUCUAUAUGUGGACACAUAUAUAUUCAUUUAUCUUUUCUUUCGAUGUUAGCGUUUAUAUGUGUAUCACCUCUAAACUUAACUGAUCCGUGUAUGUCGUGGCUGGGUUUGUUCAUCAUCACAGUGCCUUGACUCCUCUCUGGCCUUGUCCGUUGACCUCGUUUACCUCUCGUUCAGGUGUGUUAUCGCACCUGUCUGCAAAGAUGCCUUGAUUCCAUUGAAAUUCAGGUAAUCGUACCUGUGAGAGGGCAGCUCGGAGGCAUUUGUCAACAGAAAGUACCAACAGGCUUGGACUGUAUCUAAAAAAGAAAACCCAGCUCAUGUUCUUCUUCUCUUAAGUUCAAGACUAAAGGAUUUCCCCAGGUGAGAAAAGCCCUCACCUUCCCUGUCUGUGCCCACUUACAACGCAGUCAGGUUCUAGUGCACUUUUCCUCAAUCGAUCGGUCCAAGUUGGCGCCAUCACGCUGAAGUCUUAAACGUCGUCACAUUCCUGCGUGCCUCAUGCACCAGUUUCCACGAUCUCGACCACUGUAGUUUUGGACCAGAUACAGACGCGCUCUGUCUCUAUUUUUGUAAAAGAUGAAUAUGCAUGUUGUAACGAAGCUUCAUGUAGCUACUGACGGUUAAUGCUGUUAAGGACCAAAGUAUCUUCUACCCCCCUGCUGUUUUGUAGUGUUGUGAGUUUGUUGUCACAUUACUGGGAUCCCACAUUUACACAAGGCUUCACUUUCCUGUUUUUCUUUCCCCCCGUCUCCCAAAAGCCUUGGACAAGAGUCACAUGAAGUUGAACCUUUACUGUAUAUUGUAUCCUGUUUUUGUUUGACUUUACAAAGAGCCUACUUUGGUAAAGAUCGCCUUAGAAAGGAUACUUAACUGAACCACAGUCCUAGCUGUGACCACGACUGUGUAGAUUAUCUACCUUUCCAUUUUGUUAAAAGCUUUUAUUUUCUCUCCUUUUUUUUUUUUUAUAUAUAUCAGGGGGCGGGGUGGGGUUAUUGUAUGAAGCGGGGUUGAUGGUUGUACAUAUUCAUGUUUUUGUACCACAAAAUGAUUUGGAUUAUAUCCACUUUACGUUCAAAACAUGUAUAUUUUGAUAAAACAUUACAGACCUAUUGAGCUCCCUGGAGCUGUAAAAACAAAAAAAGCCUUUUGUAACACAAAGACAUUAAACCUAUCUGAACACACCGGUGUCUCUGUAUGUGCCCCACUCCCCCCUUUGCCAUCUUGUUCUUGUCUCUUUACUUCUGCUGCCUUCAAUAAAUCUUUAGUUUGUUCCUUCUUUCA